UUGUCUUACGUUUUGUUAUACAAGUCUCUCUUUCUCUCUCUCUCUCUCUCUCUCUCUCUCUCUAAUUAUACACAUCUAAUUCAAAUUAAUGCAGAAUAAUAAAUCGAAAUAAAAAAAGAACGCAAGAUAGAUUUGCUCGAACAAACGUUAACUUGAUGAGAAAUCAAUGUUAAAUUCUGGUACAAUUAAAAUGUAAUAAUUUUCCAAGUAUUAUGUAAUGAAGUAAAGAACGGGAACGUUCUAACGUGAAGGAGUAACCUUUAGUUUAUUAAUGUUUGCACGCGACAAAAUGGCGCGGUGAGCGUGGGUGUCGCAUGGAUAUCAUGCGCGUUUUUGUUCCAUUCGCGAUCUACGAAGCCGACGCUUCAAGUUCAAGCUCAAAGGAAGAGUCGAUGAUGCGUUUAAUGUAACGACAUAUGUAACACACAUGUUGUGUCCAUUGGGUAACCAUAGCAAUUCCGAAAGCCUCGACAUUCCACCGCUCGACCGUUUUCACCCCCGCGGCGAGUGAAAUCUUCGCCCCCGAAGGCGAAGGUAAUGCACACGUACACCUUCGCGGAAUGUGUACGACCACGUAGAUAAGGGACACUAACGGGGUGAUACGUGUGCGAUAUAUACAAGUAUUGCUUCUGUCCUUUGGUCAGUACAUCUCAUACUACCGUCGCGAAAGAACUAUUCAAUCGAGGACGAUUCGUCCGUACAAUCUUGUUCUCCAACAGUUUGAGAAACGGAAAAAAAAAUACAACAUACGCCUGCAUAAACUUCACCAUUCAAUCUCGCUUCGCUUCUGUUCGUUUUAAUUCCGAACUUAUUAACAAUCCAGUUGUCUGUUAUGAUCAGCGUUAAUUGUUUAACGUGGUAACAGUAAAUAAAACUUUAAUUUAAAAUAUUAAAUUUUCUUGAAAAAUAUUGUUAAAACUCAAAGAUCAAAUUGAAGAAAUGAAGACGGAUAGAUAGCAAUGAGUGGACGAUUAAUUCAAAUGUGAAUUUGAAAAGUAACAAAUAUAAUACUCUGUGAUAUAUCGUGGAAUUAAAACGUGCUAACGAUUCAACAUGUUUCGCCAUGAAAAAACACUCUCGAAACGAUUAACUGAACGAGGCUUCUUCGAAGUAUCUUCGCUUGUACCUCCAUAAGGAUAUCCCGAGAGAACAUCCCGAGUAUAAACAGCUGACCGCUGCAGCGGUCUUCUUCGAGCAAGAUUGAUUCGCUCCAUCCAUAAUUAAAUGACUGUCCAACCAAUGCGAGGUCACCGUCGCGAUUAUUCAAGCUGUCGACACCGAUCAAUGCUCGUUUUCUUACGAUUAACUAUCAGACGCGAUCAAGAAAGCUCGGCGAAAGUGUCUGGUAGCAUUUCGAUAGAUAUCUAAAUAUCUGUUGAAGAGAAAGAUCGAAUUCCCGAGAUGAUUUUUCUAAGAGAUAAAUAAUUCUUCUGGACUUGCCCCGCGCAGAUCGAUGAAUAAUCGUUGGAACAGUCACCGUGAAAAAUCGUCUCCAAGAGAAAGAAUGUUACCGGACCAAUCGAUGCUCCGAAUACUGGCCAUCGAAAGUCUUCCGAUCUUCACGAACGUACGUUAAAAGAAAUAUGAAGAAAGAGAGAGAAAGAGAGAGAGAGAACAACAUGGACGAUAACAAGCUGCAAGUAGACGAUGACAGCCAGGUAUACUUAGCACCGUUCCAAAAAUCGGUUUUGCAUCCCGCGCAUGUGAGAAUAUUUCUCAUACAAAAUCACACUGGAAGGCGUGGUAGUUGGGGCACUUUUCUUCAUCCUGACGAUAAUAGUCCGGUCGAGCAUCAAUUCAAUGACGAUAAAUCGAGUGGCUCCGGAAACACCUCUCGUGCGUCCUCGGCCAAAUCGAUCAAGAAAUCCAAGGCGCCGAGAUCUCCGGGACUAGUCUCCUCCGUCUAUCCGAAUAGAGAUGCCAUUUAUGAACCUGACAAAAAUGGCUCGCUGGCCGGCGAAACGCCGGCGAGUGUCAGGAGAAAAUUGUCGAGAGCCAGCGUAUAUCCAUCAGGAACGAAUCUGAUCGCGCAGGAUGCGUUCGGUCCUAAACUCACGGCACCCGCUACUCCGGAUGUCAACCCAUCGCUACCGGAUACGCCAGUUUCGAUGGAUUUCGUCGAAACCGCAGGGGAUUCAUUGCCACCGAAAGAUAUGGGAAUCGAUCCCGAGCUACUUUAUUUUCGCGAUGGUCAUCGAAGAAUCGACAUGGUAUUAGUAUACCAAGAAGAAAACGAAGGGGUCAUGACCGAAUUAGAAGCUCGUCGGCGAGAGCAGAGACGAGUAUUUCAACAAAAUCUUUUGAAAGAAGGUUUGCAACUAGAGCUCGAGCCGAAGGAGAGUUCGUUUGAUGGAAAAACGUACUUUUUAAAAUUGCACAUACCUUGGAAAAUCAAGGUGCAAUAUGCCGAAGUAAUGAGUAUAAGACUACCCACAAAGAGAUUCAAAACGAUCCCUAUGAAAACUUGGGAUACAGACGGUGCCAAAGAACUAUCGAAAUUCUGGGCGCGAUGGAUGCGAUGGGCCGAAUGGUUACGUAAAAUACAUACUUGGGAUACAUCGAAAUAUCCGGAGGAACCACAUUUUUAUGAUUACAUAGAUUCCAGCGAUCGCGAAGAAAGGUUUAUCGUAAAGGAGAAGGAUAAUGCUUACACGCCUGCCCAGAGAUCGUUAAUAGUGAUGCAAAUAUUAUUACGAGCGAGAUAUGACGAGAACCAUGAGAAAUCGGGCAUUCGCAGGCUUUUAGCCGACGGAACGUAUCUCGAUUGUUUUCCUUUGCACGAGGGUCCUUAUAAUAAACCCAUGCGCAACGGAGAUAUUCUCGAUAGAUACCUGUUGUACUUAAUAUGGGCGAGACCCUCGCAAUGGUAUAAAAAACAACCAUUAUGGUUAAUAAGACGAUACUUUGGUGAGAAGGUCGCUCUUUAUUUCGCGUGGCUAGGAUUUUAUACGAAAUGCUUAUAUGCACCAGCAGUGGUCGGACUUUUAUGUUUCAUUUACGGUCUUGGAAGCAUGGACAGUGAAGACAAUGUUCCCAGCAAGGAAAUAUGCGAUCCUAAUUUGGCUGGAAAUAUCACUCUAUGUCCUAUUUGUGACAGAGCGUGUACCUAUCAAAAACUUGGCGAUUCCUGUAUAUUCUCAAAAUUGACUUACUUAUUUGACAAUCCCGCGACUGUCUUCUUUGCUAUUUUUAUGUCUUUCUGGGCUACCACGUUUCUCGAAUUGUGGAAACGACGACAAGCUGUACUCGUUUGGGAAUGGGAUCUUAAAAACGCCGAAUACGACGAAGAACCAAGACCUGAAUUCGAGACAUCUGUUAAAACGUUUCGAAUAAAUCCGGUAACGAAAGAAAAAGAACCGUAUUUGCCCGUGUGGUCUAAAGGCAUACGAUGUUUGGCUACUAGCUCGAUAGUAUUUUUUAUGAUAUGCGUAGUCCUCGGGGCGGUUUUAGGAACGAUCGUAUACCGUAUUUCGUUAGUUGCUGUCUUUUACGGUGGAGGUGGUAGUUUUUUAAAAAGGCAUGCAAAAAUAUUCACUUCCAUGACCGCUGCCCUUAUUAACUUGGUGAUAAUAAUGAUACUUACGCGAAUAUAUCAUCGAUUGGCUCGUUGGAUGGUCAAUUUGGAAAAUCCGAGAACGCAAACGGAAUACGAAGCCAGUUAUACAUUUAAAAUCUUCUUAUUUGAGUUCGUCAACUUUUACUCUUCUUUGAUUUACAUCGCUUUUUUCAAGGGGAGAUUUUUCGUCCAUCCUGGCGACACAAAUGCGAGAGCCUCAGAGUUUUAUCGCAUAAAGACAGACGUCUGUGAUCCCGCUGGUUGCCUUUCGGAAGUCUGCAUUCAACUUGCAAUUAUAAUGGUCGGUAAACAAUGUUUUAACAACUUUGUCGAAAUCUUAUCACCGAAAUUGUGGAAUUGGUGGCGCAAGAGAACGCACGUGGCGGCGACGAAGGAUCACGAUAGAAGAUAUCCUUGUUGGGAGAAAGAUUAUCAACUUCAAGAUCCGGGGAGACUAGCUUUAUUCGACGAAUAUUUAGAAAUGAUUCUACAAUAUGGAUUUGUAACAUUAUUCGUGGCAGCGUUUCCGUUAGCACCUCUGUUCGCUUUGUUGAAUAAUAUUGCCGAGAUAAGAUUGGACGCGUACAAAAUGGUCAAGGAGGCUCGAAGACCAUUAGCCGAACGAGUAGAAGAUAUUGGCGCUUGGUUUGGUAUUCUUAGGGGUGUAACUUACGUGGCGGUGGUAUCGAAUGCAUUUGUUAUCGCGUACACGUCCGACUUUAUUCCACGAAGUGUGUACGCGUUUGUUUAUUCGCCCAAUGAAGAUUUGGUCGGUUACAUCGACAGUUCUCUGUCAGAAUUCAAUACUUCCGAUUAUCGCGAAGAUAUGAAAAGUGAAGUAGAGGUUGAACAUCCGGAGGUGUGUCAGUACAGAGGCUAUAGAAACGGCCCGAGACACGCCGAUCCUUAUGGGCUCAGUCCACAGUACUGGCAUGUUUUUGCCGCGCGUUUAGCUUUCGUCGUUGUCUUCGAGCACGUUGUUUUCGCCUGUACCGGUAUUAUGAGCUAUGUAAUACCGGCUAUACCGCAUUCUCUGGCAACUCAGAAACAACGCGAACAAUUGAUUGCUCAGGAAGAAAAGUACGAAAAGGAAAUAAGAGGGAAAGAAGACGAAGAUGAUUUACUUUCGGUUUUGAGGGAAGCUGGAAGUAUUGGAAGAGGAAGUUGGGCCAGGCGAUUCAGUAAAUUGAGCGACGUUUUAGAUAAUCACGCUGAUAUUAGGCAUAGCAAACGCAGCGAUAGUUCAACAGUAUGGGAAGUCCCAUAAAAUCAAACAUUUUUCUGUUCUGUACAUUCCAUAAAACUCGGGAUUAUAAGGGAAUAAUAAGAAAAAGAAAAGCCCAAAUGUUCUCUCUAUUGCGCGUAAACAUUCCCUAUUCUCACUUUCAUUUCCAAAUAAUUUAUAAGUUCAAGUACUAUAAUAAACUUACAUUUAUGCCUUUCAACAUUCUCGUCCAGAAUUAUUAUCAAAUGCACUGUAAAAAAUGCAUAAGGAAAGAAUUACAAAUGCUGUUACACAA